AUGAGUGAAUCCCUCAAGGAAAACGUUACUCCGAAAGGUAACUUUCGUCGUACGCAAGGACCUCAUAAUAAUACGAAACCUCACAACGAUAGGAAAAAUUCUAGAAGAAAGCAAAAAAAAAAUAAUCUUUCUGCUGGAUCCGGCCUGAAUACUUCCAGCGCAGAUGAUACUGAUGAAGAAAAUGAAUUAUGUAUAAUUUGUGCAAGGAAGUUAGUAUAUGUAUCUUUAACACCAUGCCAUCAUAAGACAUGUCAUAUCUGUGCUUUCAGACAACGGGCUUUAUACGACAAGAAAAGCUGUUUAAUUUGCAGAACAGAGAAUGAAGAAGUUACGUUCACUGACCAUAUAGAUGGAGAGAUUUCAGAUAAAUAUAACUUCUGCGAAAAAAAUGAAAAAUAUGGAAUAAGUUUCACUAGCGAAGAGGUUGCUACUGAAACACUGAAUCUUUUAAAAUUCUUUUGUCCAUUAUCAAAGGAUGAACAGGUCUGUGAUUUUGGUAGUUUCAAGAAAUAUAAUGAACACUUGAAAUCUGAACACAACAGGAUGAUCUGUUUAAUAUGUGCAACCCACAAGCAUGCAUUCCCUAGCGAACUUGAAAUAUUCACGCAAAACCAAUUACGUAACCAUCAGACUAAGGGUAAUUCAGAGGGAUUUAAAGGCCAUCCUAUGUGUGCCUUCUGUUCUGGAAAACGAUUUUAUUCAGACGACGAAUUAUACAUUCACAUGAGAAAUCAGCAUGAAAAGUGCCAUAUUUGCGAUAAGAUAAACCCCGCUUCUCCUCAAUACUUUAAGGAUUAUAAUCAGCUUUUUGAUCACUUUAGACAUUCGCAUUACGUUUGCACCGUUCAGACUUGUUUAGAUAACAAGUUUGUCGUAUUUAAGGACGAAUUAGAAUUACAAGCCCACAUUUUGCAGGAACAUGGUAAUAUCCUGAAGGGGAAACCAAAGUUUUUCCAGUCAGAACUUUCGACUUUUAUUUCGGCACCAUCUAGAGUGAUUAGGGAGAGAGAUGAUUACGACCUUCCAUCUAUUUCUUCCUUGCCAGGUUCGUCAUCCGGUUCUAGAACCGAUGUGAGAUCUGCCAGUUCUCCUGAGGAAAGUAGACUAAGAUUAGUGGAAAGAGCAAAGUAUUAUUUGGAAAAUUCUAAAGAAGGCUUCGAUAAGUUUUCGUCUUAUAACGAUGAUUAUGCUAAAGGUCGCUUAAGUGCGGAAAAAUUACUGGAAUCGUAUAAAUUGUUAUUUACAAGACCAAAUGCGGAUGUAUAUUUGUUGAUUCAUAACUUAGCUGAAAGCUUUCCCAAAAACUCCUCCAAAUAUAAUAAUCUGAAUGCCAUAUAUGAACAGAGAGAGCAGACCCUUGCACGACAAACUUCAUUGCCUUCCUUAUCCAGUGAUUCUUCUCUUUCAAUGUCAAUAGCCAGGGGCCAUUGGGGUGGAACAAACGAUGGAGGCAGCGGAGGUGCAGCAUUGGGCGUUAGAAAUAUUAAAAAUCUGCCAACCCUGAAAAGUCCUGCAGCAUCAUAUGAUCCCUUCGCAACGACCAUAAAAAAAAACACUUUGAAAAAUGUCAAAAACAUCAAAAGGACGACGCCCCAAUCAGUUAGUUACCAAAAUUCCACUAAUACAGUCGCCUUCUCCCCAACCUAUUUGGAAAGUAAAAAAAAUUCCUCUUCUGCUACUUCUCUAAAUAAUGGCAAGGAUAAAUUGAAGAGUCUCAACUUACCUCAAUUACCUCCACCAAGGCCAAAAGUGCAAAUUCCAGGUUUGAAUAGACCUCAGAUUGCAGAUCCUAAGCAAUGGGGUAAAAAGUCAAGCACAGAAAAUGCUAGCGUGCACGAUGAUUUGAGAGAAUUGAACAUAAGUAGUGGAGGAAAUAAAAAGAAAGGAAAGCAAAAGCAGCUGUUAUUCCACAUUGGCGUAUAG